GAGAGUGGGGACGGUUGCAACAUGUGGCAGUUGCAACACUGAGGAUUCCUCCAAUCAGAAACGAGCUACAGUGAUGACACUCAUUUUGCACAUGCUCAGUGAGACCCUCUUUCUUCCUGCAACUUUUCAGCAAGAUUGGAGCAUCUGUUCUGGAAGAACCAGAAAUCAAGUAUGCCACGAAACAGAGAGCGAAAGACAGAUAGGGGUGUCCCUGUACAAGUGCUCCGUUUGGCGGCAGAGGUGAUCAGGAGUGAGGGCAGGUCAGCGAGGUCUGUGGCGAAGGAGUUUGAAAUCUGUCACACAACACUGUACCGAUUCUGCAAGAAAUUAGAGAGGGCAGGUCCAGGUGAAGAGAUCAGGACAGGAUACUGGACGCCAAGGAGGGUUUUUACAGCUGAACAGGAAGCUAUUUUGUCGAAUUACCUUAAGACAGCUGCAGAUAUGUUUUAUGGGCUGUGCACUAAAGAGGUUCGUCGUCUGGCUUAUCUGCUGGCUGUCAGGUAUGGAUGCCAAUACCCAGGGACAUGGGAUGAGCCAGGCCUGGCUGGCCGCGAUUGGUUGAUGGGCUUCCUACACCGCCAGCCAACCUUGUCAAUAAGGCGCCCCCAAGCCACCAGUCUUGCCCGUAAUAUACACUUCAAUAGGCACAAUGUGUCCUUGUUCUUCAAUAAUUUAGAUGAAGUCCUCCGAAAGAACAACUUCCAGGGAGAGGACAUAUGGAACAUGGAUGAGACUGGCAUUACCACUGUUCAGAGGCCAGAUCAGGUUGUCGCCGUGGCCCCUCAAGUUCCUGCCAGUCUGUCCUCCUCUUCAGUGGCCCCUCAAGUUCCUGCCAUUCUCCCCUCCACCUCAGUGGCCCCUCCAGUUCCUGCCAGUGUGUCCUCCUCUUCAGUGGCCCCUCAAGUUCCUGCCAGUCUGUCCUCCUCUUCAGUGGCCCCUCAAGUUCCUGCCAUUCUCCCCUCCACCUCAGUGGCCCCUCCAGUUCCUGCCAGUGUGUCCUCCUCUUCAGUGGCCCCUCAAGUUCCUGCCAGUCAGUCCUCCUCCUCAGUGGCCCCUCAAGUUCCUGCCAGUCAGUCCUCCUCCUCAGUGUCCCCUCCAGUGCAAGGUGGUCUCCCCUCAAAUUCUGGCCAGUACUUCGAUGUACACAUGUUUUCACCUGAGCUCAUCCGACCCCAUCCCAAAGCGACCCAACGCAAGGCAAAGGAAAACGGCAGGAGAAAACGAAAGUCAACAAUUCUGACAGAUACCCCUGAAAAGAAGGCGUUGGAGGAAGAAAACAAAACAAAGAAAGGAAAGAGAAGGCUGAGCCAGAGCACACUGCAGCCGCAGCCAAUUGGAAAUACUGAGGAAAUGAGAGGAAAGAAAAAGCAAAAGCAAAAGAGGAAAAACAUUGAAAGAGAUAGCCAUUCAGAGGAGGCCUUUUGCAUUGUUUGCUUGGAGAGCUACUCAAAGCCCAAGGAGGUGUGGCUACAAUGUCUAAUGUGUCAGAAGUGGGCUCAUGAAGCCUGCACUGAUGGCAGCUCAGUGUACGUUUGCCACAAUUGUGAGACCGAAAGUGAUUAAUUUUCUGAUGGUGUCUGAUGUUUUCCAAUGUCUAGUGUUAUGUUAUAUUGUUAUGUUAUGUUAUGUUGUUAUGCUAUGUUCAGUUAAUUCAAGACAAAAAAGUUCAUCCAGGCACUCUAUUUCUAUUUCUAUUAUCAAUUUGUUAACAACUAAAAUGUAAUUGACAGAAAAAAAAGUCUGUGAUUUUGUAUGGUUCUUAUGAUAGGCUAUAUUAUUGUUAUUAUACUAUUGCUUAUAUUAUUAUUAUUAUUAUAAUAAUGAUAAUUAUUAUUAUUAUUAUUAUACUAUUGCCUUUUCUUUUUGUUACUAAGAUAAUGAAAUAAAAAAGGAUAAAUGAU